CUCGUAACUCACACAGUCACACACACUAGAGAUCUAUGGGUUCUGCAAACAAGACUCUACCGCUGAUUCUCCUGCUAUUUUCUGAUCUUUUUAUAUGUCAGAUUUUAUCUGAAGGCGUCACUAAGGAGGAGGCCAAGCAUCUCAGAGAUGAGGUGCGCGAAAUGUUUUAUCAUGCCUUUGGUGGAUACAUGAAGCAUGCAUUUCCACAUGAUGAAUUGAAGCCUUUAUCGUGUGGAGGGGAAGAUACACUUGGAGGAUAUGCAUUAACACUGAUUGAUUCAUUGGACACACUGGCUUUGCUUGGUGACCGAGAGAACUUUUCUGCAUCUGUUGAAUGGAUUGGUAAAAAUCUUCGAUUUGAUAUUAAUAAAACAGUUUCGGUCUUUGAGACUACAAUAAGGAUACUUGGAGGCCUUCUUUCUGCACAUCUUAUUGCAAGUGAUUAUAACACGGGCAUGAGAAUACCCUCAUACGAGGAUGAGUUGCUUCAUUUGGCUGAGGAUUUAGCUCGUAGAAUGUUGCCUGCGUUUGAUACUCCUACAGGAAUCCCUUUUGGGUCAGUAAAUUUAAUGCAUGGAGUAGAUGAAAACGAAAGCAAGAUUACAUCAACAGCCGGUGGUGGGACACUGACAUUGGAAUUUGGGAUGCUGAGCCGUCUGACAAAUGAUCCAAUUUUUGAGGAAGUCACGAAGAAUGCAGUGCUAGGACUAUGGGCACGCCGUUCAAGAAUCAACUUAGUUGGUGCUCACAUUGAUGUUUUUUCUGGAGAAUGGACUCAAAAGGAUGCUGGAAUAGGAACCAGUAUAGACUCUUUCUAUGAAUAUCUACUCAAGGCUUAUAUAUUGUUUGGAGAUGAAGAGUACCUUUUCAUCUUCCAAGAAGCUUAUAGGGCUGCAAUGCUAUAUCUUCAUAAUGAUCCUUGGUAUGUGGAGGUGAAUAUGAAUUCUGCUGCCCUUGUUUGGCCAUUAUUUAAUAGCCUGCAAGCAUUUUGGCCUGGCCUUCAGGUUCUGGCUGGGGAUAUCGAGCCUGCAAUAAAAACUCAUGCUGCCUUCUUUAGUGUCUGGAAAAGAUAUGGUUUCACUCCAGAAGGUUUUAAUUUGGCCACUUUUAAAGUUCAGCAAGGUCAGAAAAGUUAUCCGCUGCGUCCUGAAUUAAUAGAAAGUACAUAUUGGCUUUACAAAGCUACUCGAAACCCCAGAUUUCUCGAUGCCGGAAGGGACAUGCUUGCUAGCUUGCAGUACGCCGCUCGAUGCACUUGUGGAUAUUGUCAUAUUUCAGAUGUAGAGUUUCAUCAGCAAGAAGAUCACAUGGAAAGCUUCUUUUUGGCUGAGACUGUCAAAUACCUGUGGUUGCUAUUUGAUUUGGCUGCUGGUCCAGAUAACUUGGUUGAGAAUGGCCCAUACCCGUACAUCUUUAGCACCGAAGGCCACUUGCUUCCGGCCACUCCGCAAGUAUCUUUAGUUAGUGAACAUUGUAGCUAUCUUGGAGCAUACUGUAGAAGCAGCAACUUGAGACAAGAAACCUUCUUUUCAGAAGCUGCAAGGGACUCUUCAACCACAAAUAUUUCAGAAUCUCUUACAAACACAGAUGCAAAGAUUUUAUCACGCUCUGAUUCACGAAAAUCACGCGCAUCAGGAUUGAUCAAGGGAUACUGUCCUGGACUAACUCAUGCGCAAAGGUACGGUAUAUCAUAUGUUGCUUCUGAUGAUAGUCCUGGGGAGGAGUCAUCGAGCACAGAGCCGGAUACUGUGGUUCAAAAUUCUUCAACAGCCUUGAUGGUUUCAAAUCAAAGUUCUGAUUCUCCAGCUUCAGAUGCUGAUGAUGAUCAUAAACCCAGGGAGGAUCAGAGAGCACCACAGCUAGACGAUGAAACUUCACAAAUCGUCAAUGUAACAAGCAAGGAGGAGGUGUGAUUCAGUGGUGUAUUGUCAACUUUGAAGAUGCUUAACUUAAGCCAGCGUGAACGUCGCGUUGCCUUUGGAGAGCUUCAGUAAGGUGGUUUAGACUUGGCUAUCUGGCACAAAGUCGACUUCUAUGAAAGCUGGAAAAGCUGACGUUGAACACACUCCUAUCUCACUGGUGAAAGAUACUGACCUUCAAACUCUUAUCAACAACCUGCUAUACCAUGUAUGUAUACUACAUGCUAUUUAAAUUGAUAGUGAAAAUGUUGCGGACCGUACAUAGGACACUUGGUGCUCAAAAGAAUCUUAUGAAUACAUGUGCUCGCAGAUAGGAGUUAAGCUUCAACUGUAUAAGAUAGACCAACAUAGUUAAAAGGCGAUCUAACCUUAAUUUUGCUUUGCUUUAUCUGAAUUAAAAAUACCUUAGCUGAUAUGGUUCAAUGUCAUUUUUUUUGUUCAGUAUCCUAGUUGAAUUGUGUAUCUAUCUAAUCAAUAUCUGUCAAUGAAAUGUAAUCAUCAUUUUUGCCUUGUUCCUUGAAA